CAGAGAGGGAAAGUCCAACUGCAAACCUACCUGCCUAAGUGUGCACCACUCAUCAAUGGCCUCCACUUGGCCUUUGGUGCCAGGGAAAGGAGGCUCUGGCAUCAGCAGAACUUUCCAGAAAAACAGGACUGCUGCUAGUCUACCCCAUUGAAUUCUGAGGUGUUUGUGAUUGCCAAAUUGGAAAGAGCAAAGAUAUUACCAGUGCUGAAAUGGCUUUCCCACCCACAUAUCAAAAUGGUAUGGAGUCUCUGCAGAUGAAGACAGUUGGAAAGGAACAAGAGAUGACUGAGAAAAACAAUGACUUUCUCCAAACCCCUAGAGCAACUGAAGGUGCAAGGAGGAAUUUGCUAAGGAAAAUUACCAAAACGGACCACAUCUUGAACAGAUCAACUGAUGACGUUUUCUCUGAAAACCCUCAAACUGACCUCCUCCAUGAGAUGGACAACAAAAGAUGGAAUAAGCUGGAGCUGGAAGCUGAGCAUGACCAGGACAGACAGAGGGAACAGGAUAAGCAAGAAACAGAUACUGUUCAUGAGGAUGCUCAAGAGUCCACAUCUCUGCGGUUUUCAGAGGAGAGCGUCGCUGAACUGAGUCAGGAGCACGUGUUUCUCAAGCUAAACUACUGGAAUGCAAUGAUGGGUCAGCAAGUGAAAGAACUUGGAGAUGACCACUUAGGCUGGAUGGAGAAAAUUAACAACAUUAUGCAAAAAAUAAAUGUAACAGAAAGCACAGUGAAGAGUUUAUUAAAUGAGGUGAUAUCUCUUGAGGGCCAAACCGAAAAUCUGAAGGGCAAGGACCGUGACUCUGAUCAGGAGGCAAUUAUCGAGGAGAAGAUCGUGGAGAUUAGAAAGCAAUUAGGAGAAAUAAAUAACACAUUUAUCCAGGCAGAUGCUUGUAAUGAAGCUCAUGAAUUAAAGGAGAAACUUGUUGAAAAAAUAGAGAACUUCUGUAAGAACAUGACUGUGUUGAAUACAAAUCUAGGAAUGUACCAAAUGCAAGAAAGGAAAACAGACUCUCCCAGUCCUGAAGAAAUGGUUAUUGAAGAAAUAGAGCCACUGCUUCCUCUGGCUCCGCCACCUCCUUUAGUGCAGAACUCACCUCCCCAUGGCACCGUGUGGAAACGUGCAUUGAGGAUUUUCGUCAUGUUUUAUGUCCUCACCUUCACUGGACUGUCGUGUUACACACUAUUUUUUGAUGCCACAUUUAUCUUUGAAACAUUGCUCCCUAGAAUGCUCGGGCGCCGCGUAAUGUGGGAGUUGCGGGACAUUAUUGCACCUUUCUUGCACUUGGAAGUGGAAGACUUGUUACCCUCGUAAAGAUACGGGAGUUACCAUUACCCUACUGUCUCUCCAAUAAAAUUCAGGCUGUUCCUGUAU